AUGCGUACAACCCGCAAGGUGUCGGUGUGGCCGGUGGGGCUGGUUGGAGGACGACGGUAUGAACGCCCAGUCGUGGAAAACGGCAAAGUCGUUGGCUGGUACACAGGCUGGAGAGCUGACAGGCCCUUUGCUAUUGACAUGGCAGGAUUUGCUGUGAGUCUCCAGGUGAUUCUGUCGCAUCCGAAAGCCGUAUUCAAACGUCGCGGUUCUCAACCGGGAAUGCAAGAAUCUGAUUUCCUGAAACAGAUAACAACAGUGGACGAACUGGAGCCAAAAGCAAACAACUGCACAAAGGUUCUUGUAUGGCACACGCGAACAGAGAAAGUAAACCUAGCUAACGAGCCAAAAUACCACCUGGACACAGUCAAUAUCGAGGUGUGA